ACAAGCAAGAGACCUGCUGCGCAUUUGCAAAGUUUGCAACAACAACCACAACUCCUCGUUUCAGAGAUCGAGCUAGCUGUUGCCAUUUGCCACUUGAGUUCUUGCUCCAAGGGAGGGAGAAGAAAGGUAGAGAGGUAAUGGAGAUGUACAUGGAUGACAAGAGCAAGAUAAUGUUCAAGAAGGGCAGCCGGAGGUCGGUGGCGGUGGCGGGCGAGGGGAGCCCGGCGGCAGGCUUCAAGGCCCGGGCAGCGUCGAGGGGCCCGGCGGCCCGGUCGGUGCCGGGCCGGCUGGCGAGCCUGGUGAAGGAGCAGAGGGCCAGGUUCUACAUCAUGCGCCGCUGCGUCACCAUGCUCGUGUGCUUUAGGGACUGACUAGUGGAACUGGAAUGUAAGCCUCCAGGGCCGUGGGCUUACCAGGGCCCUGUGACAGGGCCCAAUUGGGCUGGGCCUAUCCCGGUGGUAGGUUCAUGUGUCGUAGUGAUUGACGAGUUCUUCUUCACAGUCAGAGGAAGAGAGAUCAGAGAUGUGCCUGUUCUGUGGCCAUCCUGAGCUUGACGGUGUUUAUAGUGUCAGAAAGUUAGUUCCUGUUCUGUCUGCAUGACAGCAUUGUUUGCUGCAAAACGCUAAUACACUCCUGAUUCCAGUGUAAUUAAAUUAGGCUCCUGUUGCCAUGUUA